AUGCCUUCCCGCUGUGCCCCUCUCCCUCUUCUAGCCGUGGUUGCGUCGCUCUGCGGUUCCGCAGUUUCUUGGGGAAGCGACCCCAUUGAUAGUUUAUGCUCGACAGCUGGUAACUACACCGACGGCAGCCAGUUCAAGAAGAACCUGGAGCAGCUGCUUUCCACCAUUUCGAGCGCUGCUGCCAGCAAUGACUGGUUCAAUACCAGUACGGUUGGGACAGGGCCCGACAAGGUCUUCGGCCUCAUCAUGUGCUACGCCGACAGCAGCAGCACCCAGUGCUUGGACUGCCUCGCCUUGGCGCCGGCAGGGGUCAGGACGGUGUGCCGUGGCAGCCGGGACGUUAGCGCCAUGUACGACGCGUGCAUGCUCCGCUACUCGGGCUUCAACUUCUUUGGUGAUAAGGUCACCUAUGGCAUCGACCCCUACAGUAUCAUCUUUCGGUCCUAUCCGUAUGCCACGGACAUGGAUACCAUGGUCGAGGCGCGUUCCCCGCUGAUGGAAGAGCUCAUGGAAAGGGCCGGUGACCUGUCACCGCGGAUGCACUACCUCAGCCUACCGUACAAUGACUCGCUGCUGGGCACGGACGUGAUAUCCGGGCUGGCUCAGUGCACAAGGGACCUGGCGCCAAGCGAGUGCAACAGGUGUAUUUCAAUGUACACUCAAUGGGCGUCGAUACUGUUCCCGAACAACAGUGGAGGUGCCAUCAAGGGGUACAACUGCUACCUAAGGUAUAAGCUCGGUGCGUUGAACAUUACCAUGCCGCCUCAAAGGACACCGCCAACCCCCAUGCCGCGUAUAACCGACUCUGAGCUGCCGCCAUCGACCCCUCCAACGCCACCAAGUAUGUUUUCAUCAUCUUCCACGCUCUAUCAUAGUUGGCUUGUGGUCGGUCUCUCCGUUGGUUCGGCAUCCUUCUUGGUCAUUCUGGGGCUAGGCAUCCUCAUCUUCAUCUCUGUAUCGCGUCGACGUAAUCGGAGUAAAAUCUUUGAAGAGGGUGAUGUGUCCGACGAUGAGCUUGCAGUGGAAGAUGACUUCGAGAAAGGUACCGGGCCAAAGCGAUUUCGGUAUCGGGACCUGACUAGUGCAACAGACAACUUCUCUGAUGAGCGGAAGCUCGGUGAAGGCGGCUUCGGCUCGGUAUACAGAGGGUUCCUAACUGAACAAAACCUUGAGGUUGCAAUCAAAAGGGUGUCCAAGGGGUCUAAGCAGGGGAAAAAGGAGUACAUCUCUGAGGUGAGGAUCAUCAGUUGGCUUCGGCACCGGAACCUUGUGCAGCUCAUCGGUUGGUGUCAUGCUGGAGGUGAGCUGCUCCUUGUGUAUGAGCUCAUGUCCAAUGGCAGCCUUGACACUCAUCUACAUGACGCAGGCAACAUCCUACCAUGGUCGGUCAGAUAUGAAGUCAUACUUGGACUAGGCUCUGCCCUUUUGUACCUUCAUCAGGAAUGGGAGCAAUGUGUUCUGCACCGAGACAUCAAACCAAGCAAUAUAAUGCUAGAUGCGUCCUUCAGAACAAAACUCGGUGACUUUGGGCUUGCUAGGCUUGUCAACCAUGGACAAGGGCCGUACACAACAGGUAUUGCAGGAACUAUGGGCUAUAUGGACCCUGAGUGUAUGGUCACUGGGAGGACCAGUGUUGAGUCCGAUAUCUAUAGCUUUGGUGUUGUGCUUCUCGAGAUUGCAUGUGGUAGGCGACCUGCAGUAGCUCGGGAAGGAGAAGAAGAAGAGGGCAUGAUACAUCUUGUGCAAUGGGUCUGGGAUUCGAGGGAAUGUGGGAGUUUUAUUGGCACGGCCGAUGUGCGUCUAAACAUGGAGUUUGAUGAACAGGGGUUGGAGUGCGUGAUGGUGGUCGGUCUCUGGUGUGCCCACCCUGACCGCAACAUGAGGCCCUCCAUGAAGCAGGCUCUCGACGUGUUGCGGUUCGAGGCACCAUUGCCAAAACUUCCACCAAAAAUGCCGGUCGCAACUUUCAAGCCGUUAUUUGAUUCUUUCAUUUCCUCGUCUCAGCUAACAGGCGGCAGAUGACGUGC